AGUGGCUCAAGGUGCAAUACAUGAUCAUUUUUAUGAACCCCAUUGUGAUUGAUUGGACGCCAUUAAUGAGGGGAUUUGGUGUGGGCCAAUUGUAAUCUACAUGGAUCUUAUAUUUAAAUUUUUCAGAAUUUAACUUGGUUGUUCGACUCCAUACGCAGUGCCCAUAAUCAUUUAGGAUUUAUUCAUAUUAUUCACAAUUAAGUUAAGUUAGAUGUAACAUAAAAAAAUUAAAAAAGUACUUAAAUUUUUUCGGUUCUGAUAUAAUAACAAAUAUCAUUUUGUUCCAUUCUUUAAAAUUAUUCUAGGUGAUUCAAAAAUAAGUUAAUGUUACCAUUCCUCAUACUUUAAAAAGGGAAUGAAUUAAAUCGGUAAAUUUAAAGUCGUAGGUUUAUUAAAAAACAUAAAUAAUGAAUCACUUAGAAAAAUUAAAAAAAACGGGAUUGAGAACAUUGCAAUUUAUUGCAUUCUCAUGGUGUGAGGCAGAGAAUAGUGUAUUCGGUAUGUGGUUCGAUACACCCCAGGCUCAAGGUGGGAUUUGACUUCGUAAUGAGUGGGAUUUGGUAUCGGCCAACUACUAUGUCGCUUGAAUUUUUAAAAAUCGAGAAUGGUUUUGGGUAUGGGCCUGCAUUCAUAUGGAGUCGUGAUUUGCUAUUGGGCCUAGCAAUACGCUGUCGACGUGGUUAUUUGGCUGUCCAUGGAGAUGGACAGCCCACACCUACAGGAGCACACCAACAGGGAUAUAAACCAUUUAAUGUGAUUUACACUUCAUAUAAAAUUUAAUUAAUAAAUCCAAUAAGCAAAAAAUUUCCGGUUUCAAAACUUUAAAAAAAUUCAAAACAAUACAUAAUGUAUAAAAAAAUUUAACUUUAACAUUUUGAAUAAAUUAAGCCCAUGCUUAGAUCAACUACCUGACACGAGAUCGAGCCCAUUAAAUGCCACUUCCCAUCAACAUUGAAGUAAUUUAAAAAAAUAAAAAUAUACAAUAAAUAAAGGAUUUCAUGUUUUAAUUUCAUAUUAAACAUACAUUUAAUGUAAAAAAAACUUUCUUUCAAAAUAAAAAUAAAUUUAGUUCGAAGAUGAGGUACAAUAACUUGAGUUUAGCUUUCAUCUGUACUCCCUGCUAUCAGAAUAUAAUAGUUUAAUAAUAAAGAACACUUUUUACACGUAAAGAAAGUAUAAUCUUAAAAAAGAUCAGUUUUUCAUUUAAAAAAUCAGAUCAGUUUCAUGCUCAUGAGAGGGUGCAUGAUUCACAUUCAAUGUCUCCUUUCUAUUAACUAUUAUUGAAAACCAAACAGGAAUUGCUUAUAAAAAUAUCUACUUCAAAUGCUUUAAAAAAAGGAAUUCAGAUUCCAGAUUUUAAAUGGACCGAAAAAAAUAAAAUCAGCAGUAGAAUGUGUAAUUCUCCAUUGCAAAUAUGGAAUUAUUUCACAGAAUUAUGGUUUUCUUAAAUACAGAUCUGUGAGUUAAAAAAUGUUAAAAACAGAUCUGAGAUUCCAUGAGAUUGAAUAUAUUUCCCAUAUUUCAAGAUCUAGAAAUAUUGAAUGUGAAUUAAGAGGAGAAAAAUCAGAUCUGAGAUUCCAUGAGAUUGAAUAAUAUUACCGCAUGAUGAAAAUUAAGUGUCGGAGUAGUUCAAAAACGCAGCAAGACGUUGGCGUAUGCAUCGAUAGGAUCCAGAUAACGAUGGUAGAUGAUUCUAGGAGGCGGUGAAUGCUCAAUUUGUGAAUCAGGAAGAUGUAGGGUUUCUAGAGAGAUGUAGAGAGUCGUAGGCAGCGGCGAAUGGUAGAGGUAAUCUGGGAUUUGG